AUGGCGAGGACUGGCUCAGCGUGGCCCAAAGCCCAGCUGUUAUACAGAUGUUCUGUCAAUCUGCAAGCCACCAGGAGGUUUUCAGAGAGUAGCGACAAAGGCUGGUUCCGUUCCUUAUUUGUGCACAAAGUCGAUGCCAGGAAAGAUGCCCACUCCAACCUGCUGUCAAAGAAAGAGACCAGCAACCUGUAUAAAAUUCAAUUUCACAACGUCAAACCGGAGUGCCUGGAAGCAUACAACAGUCUGGAGGCCGAGGUGCAAAACAAGCUCCAUCGUGACCAGGACUAUCCGUGUGAGGUUGUAGGAAGCUGGAAUACCUGGUAUGGAGAACAGGAUCAAGCAGUGCAUCUAUGGCGAUACAGUGGAGGUUACCCUGCCUUGACUGAAUGUCUGCAAAAGCUGAACAAUAACAAGGAAUAUUUAGAGUUUCGAAAAGAGAGGGCAAAGAUGUUGAUUUCAAGGCGGAAUCAGCUUCUCCUGGAGUUCAGUUUCUGGAAUGAACCUCUACCCAGACCAGGUCCAAGCAUCUAUGAAAUGCGCACCUAUCACCUCAAGCCAGGAACCAUGAUCGAAUGGGGUAAUCACUGGGCGAGGGCAAUCAAGUACAGACAGGAAAACAAUGAGCCGGUGGGCGGAUUCUUCUCACAGAUUGGUGACCUUUAUGUUGUUCAUCACUUGUGGGCUUAUAAAAGUCUCCAGUCCCGAGAUGAAACAAGGAACUCUGCAUGGAUGAAGGAGGGAUGGGCUGUAAAUGUGUAUGAUACAGUGCCUUUGAUCAGAAGCAUGGAGUCUAGGAUAAUGAUUCCCACCAAGAGUUCACCAUUACAAUGAGGAGAUGACUGAAAAUGCGAACAUCCCGGUGACCCCGACUCAUUCACCUUACUGCCAGCGAAACGAGGAAUGAAGCUUGGUCUUACUGAUUGUAGAUUUUUUGUAUCUGCUGGAUGAUCUGUACCACCAAGUAUGUAAACAAAAACAUUCAGAUUCUAUAUUUGCAUCGCAGCCAGCCAGUCAGUCAUAGGUCAAAUAUGUGAGGGGGGAAAAAAAAGGAGUAACAAAGUGAGACAGUGGAAUGUAAAAUGAUACGUUGAUGAUAUGCCAAAUGUACAUUAUGAUUUUGGAAUAGCAAGGUGCAGUGUGUUUCAUUCUUAUGGUAAUGAAAUGGUUAUGGUAUUUUUUUUUCCCACAGUGAAUAGUAGGGAUGGUUUUAUGAUUGUACUUUUAUGCCUGGAAAUGAAUCACACUGAAGGUGAUCACAUUUGUGACUGUGAAACAA